AUGGCGGGAGAGCUUGUCUUCAUCACCGGUGGCUCCGGCCAUAUUGGCUUUCGCGUCAUUGUCGACGCUCUUGAAGCGGGCUAUCAAGUCCGCGCAGCAGUUCGCAGUCUGGAAAAGGGCGAUAAAAUACUGUCAACCCCAUCCAUCAAGAGACUCAACCCAGGAGGUCGUCUGGCAUUUGUUCAGGUUCCUGAUCUGACGGCUGAUGGCGCGUACGAGGAAGCCAUCAAGGGCGCGGAAUAUGUCAUCCACGUUGCUUCUCCAAUUGUGUCCAGCUACGGAGAAGGCACCGACCUGGCAGAACACUUUAUCCAGCCUUCUCUCAAUGGCACUACCAAUAUCCUCAAGGCCGCGCAGAAAGCCGGCUCUGUGCGGCGCGUGGUCAUUACUUCUUCCAUGGUUGCUAUCAUCCCAUGGAAUGAACUCACGUCUGGAAAAUGCAACACAGUAUUCACUGAGACCAAUCGUAUUCCUACCCCAACUGAAUACAAAAGUCCCUUCGAAGCAUAUGCUGCUGGCAAAACCGCUGCGUUGAAUGAGGCGGAAAAGUGGAUUGAGAACGUGAAUCCGUCCUUUGAUCUCGUUCAUGUAUUCCCCGGGUUUGUCAUUGGCGGCAAUGAAUUAAUUACAGACCCGAAAGAUGCAUUGUACGGAGCAAAUAGGCAAGUCCUCUGCCCAGUUACUGGUGUGGAUGCUGGCUUUGUUCCUGGUGCUUCCGUGCAUCUCAAUGAUGUUUCCGCAGCACACGUACUCGCUUUGGAUCCCAAAAUUACCGGUAACCAGGGCUUUGUUCUUGCAUCUGGAGGUCUGGAAGGGACUAAAUGGGAAGACACUAAAGAAAUCACUGCAAGGCACUUCAAGAAGGAGGUGGAAUCUGGUGUUCUGAGGAAUAAUGGCAAGAUAACUACCUUGCCAGUGAAAAUCGACGAAAGAAAAACCGAGGAGGUCCUUGGAUUAUCCCUUCUUCCUUUCGAGGCACAGGUUACACAUGUUGUAUCCCAUUAUCUUGGGCUCAUCAAGGCGAAGCAUUAG